AUGUAUGUUUCCCAAGUUCAAGGUUCAAAGGUACCGCGCACGCUCAGCGCAGCACUCGGCAAGACUCCGGUGUGUCCAUCGACGUGGAAUGAGCAUCGGAAGAGCUCCUUCAGUGUGGACGGAAAUCAUGUGGGGCCCGUGGGUCUGCUUGAGUUUCAUCAGUGCUUUGGCCGGGAGAAUCGCUACGCCGUCGAGGAGAACGAUGAUGAAUUAAUCAUCGAAAUGGGCCUUAUGGAGAAGACAAUCAACAUUGUAUGUUGCAAAAAGUUCCUUGGGUCCGUCAGCGUCACGCCUGAACUCUACAAAUGGAAUCAUUUCUGUGUCUCUCUGAACUUGAAAGCUCGCAAGGUCCAGGUUCUGUACAAUGAUGUGUUCACAGAGUUGGAAACAGAAGAUCCGACUGCAGUGCGAGGCGGAGGCAGGCUGGUGGUCGGCCAGGAAUUAGACUCCACUGGCGGAGGCUUCGACGUUCACCAAAUCCUUGACGGGAGGAUAGCAGACUAUAGAUUUUAUACUGUGGCUCUUAGUAUUGAGGAGAUGAGGGACUUUGUCAAUUUUUGCCACUCAAAGACUCCAAAGGAGCCUCUUUUGGAUCUCUUAAAUGGCAAACUUCAGAGCAAGGGUUCAGUAACAAUGCUCAAAAUCACUGAACAUGAGAUUCGUAAAGAAGACUCCAGGCGAAACAUAUUGUUCCCAUAUAAAAUGGACUAUGAGAGAGCUGUGAAAUGGUGUAGGAAGAUCAAUGGAACACUUAGUGUUCCAAGGAGUAAGGAAGAAAAUACUUGGAUGUAUGACAACUUCCUGAAGUUCAAUCAGCAUUGCACAGGGUUAUGGCGUAAUCAGUACUGGAUUGGAGUGUUGGGCAAUCUGUCAUCAAACCUCUGGGUGGCAGACUCGGACCAAAAGCCAAUAACCUAUGGGAACUUCUACCCGGAUUGGGGUAAACCUUCGGCAAAGUUCCAGUGCCUCUCAAUGAUCAUGGAGCCAUACAUGUGGUCUGCAACAGCGUGUAGCACAGAGACGUGCGUCGUGUGCAACUUCACGAGGACUCCAACCUUGAGGCUGCGGGGGCUGUGCAGUGAGUCGCUGCUGGACCGAACCUUUUCUAUCGGCGACUAUGAAGACAAACAGCUGGCGCUGGACGGGCAGACGCAUACCAGGAUCAUUUGGGCGCAAGGCACGUGGAGGAUGGAAAGUCGCCUCUACGAGAAUCUGGAAGCUUGGAUCGUCGGGGAUAAGCAGGAAGAACUUCCCGUUGGCGUGCAUACUUGGCAAGUCAGGGGGGACGUGUGUGAAGACGAGAAGAUGCAGUUGUUGCUGACCUUUUGCGGUAAGGACUUGUACACCUGCAAUGAUGGCACCUGCAUCAGCAUGGACGGCAGGUGUAAUCAGAGGACUGACUGUGACGAUCAGAGCGACGAAAUGAACUGCAGUUUGAUCAGAAUCCCCGCGGGCUAUUCGAACCGCCUUCCGCCGCCAACGAUGUACUCGGACCUUCUUCCGAUCGCGUUCUCCAUUAACAUUACCUCCAUAAGGGAGAUUAAUUUGGUCUCCUCCACCGUCACCAUGGACGUCGUCUGGCAACUCAGAUGGGCCGACGGGCGGCUUCGGUAUUUCGAGUUACAUCACGACUACCGGACCAACAGACUGAGAGACUCCCAGGUCGUGUGGAAACCUGAGAUCACCCUGAGGGACGACACCCACAGCUCCGUGGAUAAAAUACUGCACUCUGAUUUCCUUUAUGUUCUGCGUGCAGGCUUGCCACUGCCUGACGAUGACACCACCAUCAGCGAAGAUGACGAGUAUAAGGGAUCUGAGAACAUACUUGUGCAGGAGCAAGAGGUCACACUCACGGUUCGAUGUCAGUUUGACCUCCAGAUGUAUCCGUUCGACCAACAGCGCUGCGCCAUUGUUAUCAAGAUUCAAGAUCUUUCUGCGGAUUUCUUCAGCUUUAUCAAGGAGGGCCCAGGGGUGAUGUACCUGGGCAAUCGGCGCCUGCUGGAAUACCACGUGGUGGGAGAGACCUUUUCCAUCCUCGCUCGGGACGGCACGAACUACCUCAGGGUUGAACUAAAAUUCAGGAACCUUUACGGGUUCUACCUGAGCAAUACCUUCCUGCCGACCUUCAUGCUGGUCUUCAUUUGCUGCACGACCCUUUGCUUCGACAUCAACGACUUCCAGGACCGCAUCAUGGUCUCGCUGACGUCCCUUCUGGUGAUGGCCACCAUCUUCGUCCAGACGAGCGAGAACAUCACCAAGACCUCGUACCUCAAGUUCAUUGAUCUCUGGUUUGUGGCGAUGAUGAGCGAGGACUUCUUCAUCAUCCUGGGGCUGGUGGUGGUGGAGGUGCUGCGGAUGCGCGAGGAGAAGCGCGGCCUUUGGCGGGGCCCGGCUCGGGAGCUCCUGCGGGCGGCCACAGUCAACAAAAUCUUCCUUGUGAUCUUCUUCGCCUCGCUCGUCACGAUGCUGUGCUGCUUUAUGCUGCUGUGCUACCUAGAGCUCAAUAAAGAUGGCUGAGGCGAGACGAAGAUCAGGGAAAAUGAAAUGGCAAAUGUGUUGAAGAUGUUCGUUAAUGAGGCAACAGCAUUUCUUGCGAAGGUAGCUCUCCUCCUCAUUUCUUUUGAAUCGUCAUAGUUGUUAGUGAUCGUCGCUCCCACGCAAAGGAAUUCAUCGACAGUUUCCACAACUUCAUCAUUGAUUAUAAGAUUAUGCUCUGUCUGAUAGUCUCUUUCUACUCCCAUUAUUAUGCUUUUGCUCACAUUUAAGUAUAGUCCUACUUCUCUUUUUCUUGAUUACUGAAGAGAAUAAAUCUUGACAUGAAUAAGUGUGUAUUUUUUUUGUAAUCGAUAAAAUGAGUAAAGAUUCUUAUUAUGUU